AUGGCUUCCCGACCAACAGUUUCCGUUUUGUCUGCCGAUGGUACCGCCACCGGCACGACCAUCCCCCUUCCAAAGGUCUUCACCUCCCCAAUCAGACCUGAUAUUGUUCAGACCGUCCACACUGGAAUGGCCAAGAACAAGCGUCAACCAUACGCUGUGAGCGAGAAGGCUGGUCACCAAACUUCUGCUGAGUCCUGGGGUACCGGUCGUGCUGUUGCCCGUAUUCCUCGUGUCUCUGGUGGUGGAACUCACCGUGCUGGUCAAGCUGCUUUCGGUAACAUGUGCAGAUCUGGACGUAUGUUCGCUCCCACAAAGGUCUGGAGAAAGUGGCACCAAAAGAUUAACCUUGGACAAAAGCGAUUCGCAACCGUUUCUGCCCUGGCUGCCUCCGGUGUCCCAGCUCUCCUUUUCGCCCGUGGUCACCAGAUCUCCGAAGUUGCUGAGGUUCCCCUCGUCAUCAACUCCGAGGUCUUUGAGGGUGCCAAGAUUGCUCGUACUGCUGCUGCAGCUGGUCUCCUCAAGACUGUCGGUGCUUUGAAAGAUGUUGAGAAGGUUAAGGAUUCCCGAAAGCUCCGUGCCGGUAAGGGUAAGCUCAGAGGCCGUCGUCACAGACAGAGACGUGGACCUCUCGUCGUCUAUGACGGAGCCACUGAUGGCAAGGAACUUGUCCGUGCUUUCCGUAACCUCCCAGGUGUUGAGACCUGUGAUGUUUACUCCUUGAACUUGUUGCAAUUGGCACCAGGUGGACACCUCGGACGUUUCAUCAUCUGGUCUUCAUCUGCCUUCAAGGCUCUUGACAACAUCUACGGUACCACCACUGCCCCAUCCGCCCUCAAGAAGGACUUCCUCCUCCCAUCCAACGUUGUCUCCCAAGCCGACAUUGGACGUCUCAUCAACUCCUCCGAAUUGCAAUCCGUUAUCCGUGCUGCUAAGGGAUCCGCGCUUACCAAGCGUGCUGGUGUUCAGAAGAAGAACCCAUUGCUAAACAAGCAAGUCCUUUUGAGAUUGAACCCAUACGCUGCCGGAUACUCGAAAGAGAAGAUCGGUACAAAGGGAUUGGAUGCCGGCAAGCCUGAGCGUAUUAACAAGACUCAAUACGCUGAGGUCUUGAAGGAAGAUUAA